GAAAUAGGGUGAGCUGGAAUAGCGGGUCACUCUCAGUUGAAGGAUGGAGUGAGAGCGGGUGUGUUCUUCCCUUCGCCUGGACUGUGAGGGUCUGUGAGUCUCUGGACACCUAUAACGCGCAUCUCACGCAGCAUUUCUGUCUCCGCGCAGGAACACGACAGGCUGACGCUGAUGGGCUUCUUGGGCGUUUGGGCUUUGUCCGUCCUGCUCGGAUCUUCCCUAUGGCUGGCUUAUGGAGUCCGAGCCAGUGCUGGAUCUGGAGCUACAGUAAAGGAGCUUCAGGAGGGACUUCAGCAAUAUGGAGGAGCUGAAAAUAAAGUCAAGCAAAAUGGGGGUCCGUGCAGGAGGGCAUACUGUGGCCGGGGUCGGGAGUGUGUGGUCAGGGAAGAAAUGGGCCGUGCCGAGUGUGUGUGCCAGGAAAGCUGCCACACUUCGUUUGUGCCUGUGUGUGGCUCUGACGGACGUUUUUAUGAGAACCACUGCGAGAUUUACCGCACUGCUUGCCUGCAGCGGAGGAGAAUCUAUGUGGUCCACAGCAAAGACUGCUUUUUCAAAGGAGACACGUGCACCAUGGCGGAGUACAACAAGCUGAAGAGCAUGCUGCUGGACAUGCAGCCCAGGACCUCCAAAGACGGGCAAGCAAACGCCAUGGACCAGAGGAGGAUCCUAGUGGACACAAUGUUCAAGUAUAUAGACAGAAACCAGGACGGCCGUCUGAGCAGUGAGGAGCUGGCAGAGAUCUCCAUAAAGGAGCAUUUAGAAAAUAUCUUAUUGGAGUGCACCAUGCAAGACCUCCUGCGUUACGACGAUUACAACAACGAUGGUCACCUGACCCUUCAGGAGCUCUACACAGCCUUCCAGGUCGUUCAGCUCAGUCUAGCUGAUGACAAGCGUCUGAGCGUCACAACAGUGACCGUAGGCCUGAGCGCCGUGAUGUCCUGCGCCAUUCAGGGCACCCUGAGACCACCCAUCAUCUGGAAGAGAAACGGCAUCAUCCUCAACUUCCUGGAUCUGGAGGAUAUAAAUAGGCCAUCCAAUUUCCUCUGGACCUGUUCGGGGGCAUCGGCCAGCAGAAUCAGAUCGUCCGCAUAUGCUAUGGCUCCAAUCCGUUCCUCCCCCCAUGUAAUCCUAAUGUCGGGAAGUGGCUCUUCGAUCACCUCUCCCAUUGCCAGGAUGAGGAGGAUCAGAGAUCCUAAGAGAGUCAUAGUUACUCCCGCCGUUUACCCGCACUUCAUGAUUUCAUCUGAAAGUGGCAGCCAAUACAGCUCCAGUGAUGAAAACCCCUACGAGUCCUCCUUAUGCGGCAUAAUAUCGGCCUUACGGCAGAGUCUCUUUGUCCUUCUAGUGCCUCCAGUAAUCCUGGUGUAUCCGGAGACUCAGGCCCAGGAACCCGGCGUCGCUGCCAGCCUGCGCUGUCAUGCAGAUGGUAUUCCAAACCCCAAACUCACCUGGCUAAAGAACGGCCUGGACCUGCAGCCACACGGAUCCAAGCAGAUUUCACUUCUCGCUAAUGGCAGUGAGCUUCACAUCGGUAGUGUGCGUUAUGAAGACACUGGCGCUUAUACCUGCAUCGCUAGAAACGAGGUUGGCGUGGAUGAAGACAUCUCAUCUCUGUUUGUGGAAGACUCGGCACGAAAGACACUGGCCAACAUUCUCUGGAGGGAAGAAGGGCUCGGUGUGGGGAACAUGUUCUAUGUGUUCUCCAGCGAAGGGAUCACCAUACUGAAGCCCGGCAACUGUGAGAUUCGCAGACGCAUCCCGCGGACAGAGAGGAUUCUGGGUAGUUAUGAAGAACUGUGUCCCAGCAGCACGGGCGUCUCUUCACAGGAGUGUGUAUGGGCAUCUGCGGUCAGCGUAAGGGACAAGUACGUGUACGUGUCUCAGCCACUUCAGAACAGACUGCUGCUGAUCGACACACAGGAGCAGAGAGUCGUGCAGGCUGUGGAAACGGACGCCAUGCCCGUCAAACUCUUCUACGACAAAUCUCACGAUCAGCUGUGGCUGUUGAGCUGGAGAGACCUGCUGAAGUCCCGCUCUACACUGCAGGUGAUCACUUCAGCCAGCGCGGUGGAGCAGCGUCAGAUCAUCCGUACUCCAUUUGAAGGAGUGGAGGACUUCUACAUCCCUCCCACCAAUCUCAUUAUCACCCACGUAAGGUUUGGCUUUGUCUACUUAAAAUCGGAGCCCGCGGUGCAUAAAAUUGACCUUGAGACCCUCCGUCUCGUCAAGACCAUCAGUCUGAAGAACUACAGCUGUAUCCCAGCCAGCAUGGCCUACACUCAUUUAAGCGGCUACUACUUUAUCGAGUGCCAAGUCGAGGACCGUUCGGCCCCGAGCUCACAGCUUCUCAUCGACAGCGUAAGCGACACCGUCAUUGGACCUAAUCCCAACAUCAACGGCCAGCCGUUCAUCUCUCCAGACGGCCGCUUCAUCGUCUCCGUGGACAAGCGACACGGAAAGCUCCAAGUCCAGACCAUCUCCUUCAGCGGCGAGUUGCGGACCGGCCACGAAGCGGACGUCUCGAUUCCCCUCGCAGACUUGGAGUUUCAGCCGUCCUUCACGGAGGCCAACAAGUACAUGAUCGUGGCCUCUUCGGCGCAGGGCUCCAAGCUGGUUUUCUCGGACCUGGCUUCAGGAAGAACGAAAGCCCUCGAAGAUGUCAAGGAUCCUAUUCCAGCCAGCAGCUGGCCUUGGGGAGACGCCAACAGGGUGGUGGUCUCCAGCGGGGUGUUUGGACGCUACUUGGUCACGUCGUCGGCCGAGUCCCUGUUCGUUCUGGACGGCAAACAGAGCGGCCCUCACUGUGAGGUGUCAGACGUCAAGAGAGGGAACACAGUGGUCUGGGUGGGCGAGGUAUGAGCGGCGUACCGCGGGCCGGUUCUGCAGAGGAUUGCAUCAGCCGACUGGGCCAAAGCUUGGGAAAACCUUUAAGGGAUGCGAACGGACUUGAUCCUAGUAGUGAGUUAAACGAACACACAUGCGGGUUUCUGUAUAGGUACACACACAUACACACACAUUCAACGGCAAGAAACCUUAAACAACAAGGGAACGAACGAAGACACCCUUCAGUGCAACAGUGAACUAAUUUGAUGAUUUUUUUGCACUUCCUUGUUAGCAGAAAUAGCAUUAAGCAGCAGACAGGUUAGGUAAUGACUGAACUAUGCACAAUGCUUUUUAAAAGUUUGAGUGUUUUUCUUUAUUUUUUUCUCAGUGUGUUCACUUGUUAUAUACAGUCACUGCAGGAAAUCUGUCCGUCAGUGUCAUGUCUCAUUUUUGUCAAUGUAGAAAACUGUGUUGUUUGCCUCAUCCCAGUGUUUCUGAUCACACAAUUCAACAGCGUUUGUUUUACAGUUAUUAGUACACUUCAUUAUAAUAAACACGUUACAGUAACAUUUUGCAUUUUCCUUUUUGUAAUGAGGUGAGUACUUUCUUCUCAUCCUCAGUGCUCUCUGUGUGUGUGUUUGUUUUUGUGGAGCUACACUU